UUUUACUGAUUUUUUCUGCUAAUGGGAAAGGUGGGGCAAUUUGGAAAGAGUGGACGAUUUGGAAUGGGCCCGCGCAACUUUGAUUUGAAAAUUGCCAUUAUGGGUAUGGGGGGAAAAUGGGUGGGGAAAGGGGCCAAUUGGGGCCAACCCCAAGGCGAUCGUGAUUUGAAAAUUGCCAUUGUGGGGGGCCAAUUUGAGCAAACUGCAAAGGUGAAAGGGAUGUUGGAAAUUGCCAUUGUGGUGGGCUGGGGAAGAAUGGGUAAUUGGAAAUGGGAAAGAGUGGGGAAAUUGCAAUGGGGGAAAAUGAGUGGGGAAAGGGGUGCGAGGAAAUUGGAGAAGAGGGGCCAAUCCAAAGGCGAUUGUGUUGAUUUGAAAAUUGCCAUUAUGGAUACAGGGAAGAUUGGGACUGAGUGUGAAUUGAAAAUCUUGGGAGAAUCCGUACAGGAAGGGUGUUUGAAAAAUUCCAAUUCGAAAAACAAAAAAGAUUGAAAUUUGAACUUUAGUUAUAUUUUAUGAGAUAGUAGUAGUAGAAAGUUCGAUUACAUGCUGUUUACAUACUGUUUCCAUGCUUUCAUAAUACAUUUUUACUCUAAAAUAAUCUUCAUAUUAAAUUUCUAAAGACAAUAUAAUAACAAUUUGAUAUAGUUAAUUGAAACAUUUAAAACAUUAUUAAAAAAUUUAAUCAUUGA